AGUGGUGGUCAAAUUCACUCUCCAGUACUUUGGGCUCCAAGUCUGUCCUGAGAACCACGGAUAUCAACAUGCCAUACUUCGAAAUGAUCAGGAGUCCCAGAACAGACCAAGGGAUUGUGAUUGAAGAUGAGUGGCCAGGCUACGACCUAAACCUUUUCACUUACCCUGAACAUUACCGUGGAGACUUGGAGAACAUCUACAUUCCACACGGUGUCAUCAUGGACAGGACUGAAUGCGUGGCAAGACUAGUGGUGGACGACACAGAUGACAACUACAUGGUGGUGCUGUGUGUCCUGAAGGGGGGCUACAAGUUCUGUGCUGACCUGGUGGAAUGCAUCAAGGCAGUGAGCCGCAACACCCCCAAACACAUGACUGUGAGGGUGGAGUUCAUCCGGCUCAAGAGCUACCUGAACGACCAGUCAACUGAGGACCUUCACAUCAUUGGUCCAGAGGAUCUCUCUGUCAUAACAGGAAAGAAUGUCCUGAUUGUAGAGGGCGUUGUUGACACAGGAAAGACAAUGAAGGCCUUGCUGAAGCAUGUGGAGACCUUCCAGCCUAAGAUGGUCAAGGUCGCAGGUUUGCUGGUGAAGAGGGUUCCUAAUGUUGUUGGAACUCUGCCCGACUAUGUUGGCUUCGUCAUCCCUAAUCGUUUUGUGGUGGGCUACGCCUUGGAUUACAAUGAAUAUUUCCGCGACCUUAAUCAUAUAUGUGUGAUCAGUGAGGAGGGGAAGAUUAAGUAUAAGGUUUGAGGAGGACGGCGGAUCUGGAGUGUUGGGCAAAGCUGCAGACGUCUCCACUGGACUCCACACACACACACACACACACACACACACACACACACACACACACACACACACACACACACACACACACUCCACUGGACUCUCUCCAACAGCACCAGCAGCCAGAGGGGAAGGGAAAAUCCCCUGCUCUCCAGCUGAUGAUGUGUUCAUUUGCCUGCUAUAACCCAUAAUCCUGUUGAUGGGCAUGUCUUGAUGGUUGUCACCAAAAUCGCUGAAUUUACAAUUUUGUUAUCAUUGUGUUUAUUUUGUAUUGUUUUAAUACACACUGUGCCUUACCAAUAGGUGUGUGAUAUUAUACAGGAUGUGUUUUAAGAAAUGUGACACAUUUUAACAUGGCUGAAAAAAGUUCCAGCAAAAACCUCAGCCCAAGAAUGUUGUACUACCUGGCAGCUUCUUGGAGUGUUAUGACUGCUAGGAGUUUAAUGGUUGAGGAGGAAGGUUGCAUUGCAUUGUACCUUUCAUAAUGCUGAUGUUAUCAUUGUUUUAUGCUAUUCUAACAUGUGUUUGAAAUUUACGCAAUAAAAACAUGUAACCGCA